GGCAGAUCUCACUGUGCAUCAGAUAGGAAAAAUUAAAGCCCUGAAACCUACGAUCGAGGUUGCUGCUUAACGAUUGGAUACGACAGAGUUGGGGCCGUUCCGUAAUUCCCCUCAUCGUGCGAGCCAUGCCACUGCCGACCUUGCCGUACAAGCGCCCUUUUUUUCAGAUAGCGCUGGCUUCUCAUGAAAUUGAGGAGGACAUGGCCAUCAUCAUCACAAAUACCAAAAGGAGAAGGCGUUCACCCCCACCUCAGAAUGGUGGUAAGGACAGGGAUACGCACAUGGAGAGAUAACGAGCAAAUGCGACUGUACAAACUACAUUGUAAUACUUUGCAUGGAAAUCUUCAUUGAUGGGUCAGCUCUUGAUUCCUGUGUGCCGUCACUUGGUGUCAGAACUACGACAUAAGGAAAAUUGAUUUUAUUCGACAGGAAUCGUCAUGAACCAUCUGUAUUCGAACAGUCAAGCCCCAGAAAGUUCUCCCCGUGGGAGAAAGCCUGCGUGAUUAUGCCAAGGUCAAGUUGCAGUGAAGUGCAGAUCCCCCAGGCUGCUUGAGGUUGUACCAAGAAUAUGGCAACGCGUGUUUUAGGUUGAUGAAUGCAAGCAAUGUUGUAUAUUGGAGGGAUUGCAGGACACUGGUGGGGUAGGGAGUUGAUCACAAGGCAGUCCUUGACAUAAGGGAUGGGCAGCCUGCCCUCAAGUUGCGCUUGCUAGAAGUCUUGAUUUUAAGUGCGGUGCUGUCAUUACACAAAUGUAGCUGUGUCUGAAUGUCUUAGUGUAACAUCAAUUGGUUGGCC